AACGGCCUGCAGAAAUCCUCACUACAGCAUUUUGGCGAAUUCGAAAUUAGCGAGCGUUGUAUCCAUCUGGAUGUUUCCGAUUCCUUUCGAGUGCAUCCUUCGUGGCGUGCUCAGUCCCCUCCGGGCAGCAUGUCGCAGCAGCGAAACUUACAUGGUGUGAGAUAAAUCGAAGUUUUCGAGAGAGAAAGAAUCCAACCUCUCGAGCGCGAGGCAACGCGUAAGGUUUUGAUGGCUGGACCUGGAUCAAGCCAUUAGAUUUCUGAUCAGCUUUUUUUGUUGUUGACGUGCCGAUUUUUUCCCUUCCCACCUGGAAUGCAUGCACGCGCUGGUGGCCAUUUUCCUCUCUAAAAGAUCGCUUCUUCAACCCUUCCUAUUAUUUUCGCAAAUGCACAAGCCAUAGCAACACAGCCCAGCAAAAACGUGAUAUACAACAAUGGGUGGCGACGAGAGCUUAUCACCGGCACCAAAUACGUCACAGCCUGCUGCAGCAGAUCAGACGGACGUGCUGAACAACAACAUGGAGUACAUGCUGGUAUAUCGGGCAAUCGAGGUGCUACGAAGCCAGCUGACGCGUGCCAAAAGCGACAUGCAGCAGCUGGAGGCGCUGAGGGCCUCGGCAUUGCGUGACCCUGCACAAUAUGUCACAGCGCUGGUGGCGAACACGGGACCCAAGGCGCCAGCACCGCAGACAGUAGGUGAGGUGCCGAGCGUCCACAUGGAGCCGUAUUUGAGCUGCGCAGACCCAGUUUCUCUGCAAACAUACAUGACAACCGUGCGCUCAGGAGACGGUCACGAGCGAGUGGUGACACGGCCGCGCAACGGGCGUAUGGCGUGGUCCGCGCGAUCCAGUGCGCGCGUGUCACGGCAGCCGUCGCUGGUCGGCGUGUCACGAAUGGCAGUGACGGCGGCGCCGUCGGUGCGGGCGACGCCAACCGCAUCUCCGGCCCCUGUAGCGACACCAGUGACACCAGUGGCACCAGCGGCACCAGCGCCCAGGGUGCAACCGAGCACGACGGCAACAAACACAGCGACCGAUGAUGGAAAUACUGACAAGUCACGAGGGCAGAAAACGCUGACACCGCAGAUGCUGGCUGAAUUCCGGCGGCAGGCGUCCGAGCGAUCGGCGUCACCGGAGGCAGCAGCACCGCCGCCGGUGAAGCGCAAGCGCGGGCGGCCACCGAAGCCCGGCGGACCGACGGAGCGCAAGCGGCUGUCGCAGGCGCUGGGGACGAAGGCUCGGGCCCGUGGGCCGACGCGGCGGGUCGAGGGCGGGGCGCGGCCAGCCAGCUUCAACGUGCCAUGGUCGGACGCCGAGCAGCAGCGGCUGGAGCAGCUGCUGGGCGAGUUCCCCGAGGAGGAGGUGGCCAACAACCGCUGGCGCAAAAUCUCCGAGGCCCUGGGAACCCGCACCAUGCGCCAGGUCGCCAGCCGCGUGCAAAAGUACUUCAUUAAGCUUGCCAAGGCUGGCCUGCCGGUGCCAGGACGCGCCCCCGACACGUCGCAGUGGGGUGAUGCACGUGACGAACCCCGCCCACCGCGCAGGCCCCGCGACGUUGACUUCACAAGCUCCGAGGACGACGACUAUGCGAGCGAUGAUGGCGGAUAUGCUGCAGGGGAGUCCAGUGGGGUUGCUGCGGGCACGUCCAGUGUGACUGGCAGCACUGCAGCUGCGGCUGACGGGGUUCCCAGCACUCCCGGGCCGCAGUUCCAAACCCCGGCGCUGCAGAGCGCCAAGGCUGUGCAUUUGGGGUACCGCUGCGACUCCUGCUCGGCUGAGCCAAUCGUCGGCAUCCGCUGGCACUGCCAGGACUGCCACGGCGCUCAGACGGUGGAUUUAUGCGACGACUGCAUGGAGGAGGGUGCCUACGAGACGCCGUGGCACACGCAUAUCCACAACUUCCACGCGUACCGGGACGCCGAGAUGGAGCCAUACUAUGCGAGCGAGGUCGGCGCUCCGGCGCUCCGCGAGUUCUCGUACCUGGCAUGAGCAUGCCACUAUGUAGGGGGAUGCUGUUGCUGGAUGCGCCUUACAUCUCCCUGUCUAUUGCUGCGGGCUUCCAGUGCCGCAAUGCCUUGUUUUUUUCUCUCAGUGCUGCGUAGUUUGCAUCCGAUGUGCAUUGCAUGAUAGCUGCUAAAUUUACCCCCUCAUUAUCUUUUUUACAUGC